GGAAGUUGAAGCCAUACUCUGUGGGUGACAGACACACUCGCGCAGCGCACGCGUCGGGUUUCUCAGCUGAAAGUGACGUUACUCGUUUGGCAGAAGUUAUCUCGUCAGGGUGGGAGUUACUUCAAACUAACUGUCGGGACGCUCGGACUAAACACUGCAAACUCUCCUUAUGAGUUUUGUGCCACUGUAUAACUAGUUUGUGGACAUAUUCUGGUGAAGUCGGAGCUGAUUUGUGCCAGAACGGAAGAAAGACUGAAGAAAGUUUAACAGACGCCGAGGCGGUGAAUCACAUUUUCCAUGAAGAUGUACAAUGAAUAAUCGGCGCUUUUUGAGUUUUUUUUUUAUCGAAAUAGUCGUCUUUAGACAUCAUUCUUUCAUUAUGUAUGUUUAAGAACGCUUUACAGACAACGUUGGCUGUUAGUGAUGUUUUGAUAGUUUCGAUGGUCUACGGUUUUAAUCGAUUAGAAGCGAUUUUAAUGUCAAUAAAUUGGAAUACAAAAUCGAGAGAGUUUGUUUUCGCCAUGUAGCUUUUUUCCACGCUUCUGGGAGAUGUGGAUUUGUGUCCUGGGAGGAAUGUGAGUGGAAGUGUCGCUCAUGGAGCUUCAGGUGGUGUGCGGAUUGCUCUACUGCUGUCUGCUGCCCAUCUUUUUACUGGCAGCCUGCAUCUUUCGCUACAGCGCUCUAUCUUUAGUCUACCUUCUGUUCCUGCUGCUCUUACCGUGGUUUCAAUGGCCCAACAAACACACACUACGAGGACACACUGGACGUUUCAUCAAGGCUCUUUUCAGCACCAGUCUGAUUUUCCUCUUGGCACACGUCUGCUUCCAGAUCUGCCUGUACACCAUCCCCAGCCUUGAUGAUGUACUGGGACACAACUGCAGCUCAUGGGAGAGACUAUCAAGACAUGUUGGAGUGUCCAGGCUGCCCCUGGACGACCCUUGGGCUGUUGUGUGGCUCCUGACCCCAGAUCUUGGCAUCUUCAUCAUCUCUCUGAUCACCCUGAUCCUCUGUAACCGGCUGUUGAAGAAGAGAGAGGAGGGGCUCGUACCUCACAUGUCUGCACUUCUACAUGAGGAGGACGAAACAGAAGACGAAGAUGAUGGCACAGAGAGAGACGAUGAGGGAAUGUCCUGUAGUGAGACUGAGGAAGAGGAGAGUCCUUCCUCGAGCAGUGGGGCGGCACAGUUAGCUGCCCGCCUGCGAGCCACAGCACAGCGCUUCCUCAGGAACAUGGGCCGCAUCCUGGCCAUCACACUACUAGCACUGGCUGGAAUCACUUUACCCUCUGCAUUCUCGGCCUUCUACUUCCUCCUCUUCAUUGGAGUGUGCACCUGGUGGGCUUGCCACUUUCCCAUCAGCCAUCUGGGGUUUAAUACACUGUGUGUGAUGGUGGCCUUCUUCACAGGGGGACACCUGGUGUGUCUUUACCUGUAUCAGAGCUCAUUUGCACAAGAGAUGUUCUCCCCGGUGGGCCUGUGGGCCAGACUGUUUGGCCUGAAGGAUGUAAUAAAGCCUGGAAACUGCUCUUCUUUCGACCUCACUCUCAACACACAACACGACUGGCCCGUGUACGUCAAUCCCGGCAUUCUCCUGCUCCUGUACAUCUCUGUGACCGUUGUGCUGAAAAUCAACAGCUACAGUCUGAGCCACACGGACAAGACCCAUGAGGGCGGAGCAAUGACGGCAGCACAGGGUGAGGCUGGAGAGGAAGUGGAGCUCAGGCCGUGGGAAGAAAGGACACACAGCAGUGAAGAUGACACUAAACAAACGCUUCUCACCACGGGAGACUCGCCUCUAUCUGAAUCAGACGUCUCUAAAGAACAUGUGACCAACGGCUCAAGCCAACAUGACAUCGGAACCAGUGGAGACGCUGUGGCCGACAAUCCUCUUCGUCUGGUGGGACGAAUGAUCUUGCAACAAAGUUACAUUUGUGCCCUCAUCGCCAUGAUGGUGUGGAGUAUAACAUACCACAGUUGGCUGACGUUUGUGCUGCUGCUGUGGUCGUGUCUGAUCUGGAUGCUGCGGGCACGUCAACGCUUUGCUGGCCUUUGCUCUCCCUUCAUCCUGCUGUAUGGCUUGGCUCUCUGCUGCCUGCAGUAUGUGUGGGCCAUGGACCUAGAAACAGAACUGCCCCAGCACAUCGGCACCAUGAGCCUGCGCCAGCUGGGUCUGGAUCGAGCACACUACCCCUGUUUGCGCUUGGGAGCCAUGCUGCUGUUCACAUUGACAUUUUGGCUUCUGCUGAGACAGUCGGUGAAGGAUACGUUCAGCAGGAAGAAGAGAAUGACUGUCCCAUUGCAGGAGGUCACCACUGGAGAGAGCACAGGGCGAAAUGAGUCGAUUUUGAAGGUGUUGGGUGGGAUGGUGAUGAGUCUGUACGCUAAGUACUGGAUCUACGUGUGCGGAGGCAUGUUCAUCAUGGUCAGCUUCGCAGGAAAGCUCGUAGCCUACAAGAUCGUCUACAUGCUGCUGUUUCUGCUCUGCCUGUGCCUGUACCAGGUGUACUACUCUCUCUGGAGGAGGUUGCUGAAGGCCUUCUGGUGGACGGUGGUGGCCUACACCAUGGUGGUGCUCAUUGCUAUAUACACCUUUCAGUUUGAGGACUUUCCAGGCUAUUGGGGAAACUUCACUGGAUUCACAGAACAGCAGUUGGCCGAUGUGGGACUGGAGACGUUUAAACUAUCGGAGCUCUUCACCAGUAUUCUGAUCCCAGGCUUCUUCCUGUUGGCCUGUAUUCUCCAGCUGCACUACUUCCACAAGCCCUUCAUGAAAAUCACCGAUCUGGAGAACGUCACUCCCAUCCACAGGAAGAGAGGAAUAGAGAACCCGGAUUUGGUUCGAUCCACAGAGGAAGUCAGAUCUGAGGAGGAAGAUCUCAUCACAGAUCAGGGCGAUGAUCCAUCAGAGGUUGAUGAGACGAUACCCAGCAAGUGGGGACUGGUGAUGGACAGACUAAUGGUGCUGUCCAGGAAGUUCUCUGACACCUUGACCCACGUCCAGAGUUUCAUUUGGAGAGUAUUGGAGCUGCACAUCGUCAAAAUUGUGGCUUUUUUUGUCGUCUGGGUGGCACUAUUGGAGCCAUCUGCGAUGAACCUGGUGCUGGUGGUGCUGUGGAGUUUCGCCAUGCCUUACGGCCGUUUCAGAGCCAUGGCCUCCUGUCUCUCCACCAUCUGGGUUUGUGUCAUCAUCGUCUGCAAGAUGCUGUACCAGCUCAGUGUCGUCAACCCAAUGGAGUACUCCAACAACUGCACCGCGCCAAUGGUCAAUGAGACCAGUCUGGAGCCGGAUGAAGUGCUGGACUCCACCCUGUACAGAGCGCCUGUGGAUCCAGCCAACUGGUUCGGUGUUAGGAAAGAUGCUACUGCCCUUGGAUACAGCAAGGAUCAUCUGCUGGUCCUGAUGCUGCUGGUGUUUGAGGCGACAGUGUACCGGCACCAGAUUCAUCACUACAGACAACAGCAGCGCUCGCCUCCUACGAUUCCAGUCAUCUUUCCCCAGGCCAUCCGUGACACGCUGGACCAGAGUCUCCUGCACUGCAUCAAAUACCUGCUCAACUACAGCUUCUACAAGUUUGGCCUUGAGAUCUGCUUCCUCAUGACUGUGAAUGUCAUUGGCCAGCGUAUGAACUUCCUGGUUAUUAUCCAUGGCUGUUGGUUGGUGGCCAUCCUGGUGCGGCGACGCAGAGAAGCCAUUGCCAAGAUCUGGUCAAAGUACUGCCUGUUUCUAGUUGUCUUCAUGAUAUACCAGUACGUUCUGUGUGUGGGCAUCCCUCCCGCACUCUGUAUAGAUUACCCUUGGAGAUGGAGAACCUCAGUAACUAUCCACUCAGCUCUGGUUAAAUGGAUCUACUUACCUGACUUCUACACCAUCCCCAACUCCAGGAACCUCAUUUCGGACUUCCUUCUGCUGAUGUGUGCCUCCCAGCAGUGGAUGGUGUUCGAAAAUGAGAAAAAGGAAGAGUGGAUGGUCAUGGGAGGAGAAAACAAAGACAACCCAGACCCCAUGGAGGAUAUGCCCUUCAACCCGGCCCCAAACUUCAUCAACUGCAGAUCCUAUCUGGACAUGGCAAAGGUCCUGGUGUUCCGGUACAUGUUCUGGUUUGUGCUGACGGUGGUUUUUGUGACCGGAGCGACUCGGAUCAGCGUAUUCGGGUUGGGUUAUCUUAUGGCCUGCUUCUUCUUCCUGCUCUUCGGCACACGGCUGCUGAUCAAGCCGUCACGCACACGUCUGGUCAUGUGGGACUGUCUCAUCAUGUACAACGUGGCUGUGAUCAUCUCCAAGAACAUCCUGUCUAUCCUGGCCUGUGUGUUUGUGGUGGAGAUGCAGAAGAACUUCUGCUGGGUCAUUCAGCUCUUCAGUCUGGUGUGCACCGUCAAAGGCUACUAUAACCCUAAUUCAGUGAGUGAUAAAAAUUGCUCUCUGCCUGUGGAAGAGGCUGGCAUUAUCUGGGACAGCAUCUGCUUCUUCUUCCUCCUGCUGCAGAGGAGAGUCUUCCUCAGUUUUUACUUCUUGCAUGUAACUGCAGACCUUCAAGCUUCAGCGCGACAGGCCUCUCGGGGUUUCGAGCUUUUCCGAGCCAGCAUUAUCAAGAACAUGCAUUUCUAUCAGCAGACAGAGAAGAAGUCACUUCAGCAGCUAAAGGAAUCGAUGAAUCGCAUACGUGAAAAACAGCAGAAGUACAAGGAAGGCCGUAAAACUUCUGAGAUAGAGGAGAAGCCCACAGACUCUAAGGAACAGAAGAAAAGGAGACAGUCAUCAAAGUCCAAUAGAUGGCAGUAUCCUUGGAUGGAUCAUGCGACUGUGUUGCAUUCUGGGGAAUACUACAUGUUUGAGUCUGACAGCGGAGAAGAAGAUGAAUCCUUUCAGGAGGAACAGAAACCUCGCAAAAAACAGACUGCCUUUCAGCUGGCGUACCAGGCUUGGGUCACCAGUGCAAAAGAAGCCCUGAAAGACCGCCAGCAGAGGCAGAAAGAACAGAGAGCGGAAGCAAAGAAACAACAAAUCGCUCAGGCUUCAGGUGGUGCUGAGGAGGAUGGAGUGGUUUUUGAUGUUGGGGAUUCCCAGGAAGUAGAGGAAGUUCAAGAGGAAGGAGACGAUGUGGCAUCUCAAGGCACUGGCAGUGAUGUAGUGCAGAGGAUUCUGGACAUACUGAAGUUCCUGUGGGUGCUUUUCCUGGCCAUGGUGGACGGAUUCACCAUGUGGCUUGACUUGCUCACCAAGCAGUAUGUAGACACUUCCACGGUCCUCUGUGAGGAGCGCUACCUCUUCAUUCACAACAUCAGCCAGAGACCCUCCAGAGAGCCCAUGGAUGACCAGCUCUCACAGGACAGUGAGAAUCUCACUGUCGAGACCUGUCUCGAUGAAACUGAUACAGACAAUGUUCGCUUCAGUAGCAACAUCAAUGUGAUUGAGUUGGAGAAUCUGGGUGGUUUUGCGAAGGCCCGUGACUUCAGCAGCACGACUCUGUCCUCUGAACUCACACUAGAGCUGGAUACAGAGCCGUUUUACAGCCAGCACAGCCUCCGCCCUCGACGCUCCAGAACCGCCAGUGAACUGCUUUCAGACAGGCCGUUCAGUGUUGAGGAGCUGAUACAGAGCCGUGAGUUCUACUCGUCUCAGAACCGACUGCUGAAGCUGCUCUUCGCGCUCUAUAAUGUUCUGGCGGCUCACUCUGAGCUGGUCUGUUAUUUCAUCAUCGUGCUCAAUAACCUGGUGACCGCCUCUGUCGUCUCACUGGUGCUGCCGGUUCUGGUCUUUCUCUGGGCCAUGCUGUCUGUGCCGCGACCUUCCAAGAGGUUCUGGAUGACGGCCAUAGUCUACACAGAGGUCAUGGUGGUGGUCAAAUACCUGUUUCAGUUCGGCUUCUUCCCGUGGAAUAGUGAGCAUCAGCUGAAGUUAAACGAGGACAAGCCCUUCUUCCCUCCACGGAUCCUGGGUCUGGAGAAAACCGACAACUACAUCCGCUAUGAUUUGCUUCAGCUGCUGGCCCUCUUCUUUCACCGCUCACUUCUCCAGCGUUAUGGUCUCUGGGACCAAGAGGGCCCUCUGGAAGAGAAGACUGAUCUUUCAUCUGCGGAGAAGAGCAAGAAAAAAAGGGAUGAGAAACUCUCAGAUGAAGAGGACAGUCGAGCACAGCCAGAGCCCGACACGGAGGUGAUGUCAAUGACGCCGUCGGCAGAAUCACCGACCGAUGCUGAGAUACAGACCGACCCGGACCCCAACAUUCACACGGACACCACAGAAACACUACAGACAGAGAAGGAGGAGGGAAAGAAGAAGAAGAGUCCCUUCCUGCGCUUCCGCAAGAAAAAACAGUCAGAAAUAGAAACUAAACAGAAAGAACCCAAGAAGAAGAAGAAGAAGAAGUCAAAGACGAAACACAGCGAGGACACCAGUAAAAAACUAUUGAAUGCUGUUGGAGGAAAACUCAAAGGCCUUUUCUUAUCCAUAGUGAAGAAUGUCUACAAGCCGACCUGUGGAUUCUUCCAGAACAUCCUGCAUGCGGAGUAUCGGGCGGCUACUGAUGUCUACGCUCUGAUGUUCCUCACGGAUGUGGUGGAUUUUAUCAUCGUCAUCUUCGGUUUCUGGGCCUUUGGAAAACACUCGGCGGCAGCAGACAUAGCCUCCUCUCUGUCCGAGGAUCAGGUUCCCGAGGCGUUUCUAGUCAUGCUCCUCAUUCAGUUCAGCACCAUGAUCAUUGAUCGUGCGCUGUACCUGCGGAAGAGCAUCUUGGGAAAGCUCAUCUUCCAGGUUAUACUGGUUUUCGGGAUCCACCUGUGGAUGUUCUUCAUCCUUCCGGCUGUCACAGAGAGGAUGUUCAAUCAUAACUCAGUGGCCCAGCUCUGGUAUUUCUUCAAGUGCAUCUACUUCACAUUGUCGGCGUACCAGAUCCGUUGCGGCUACCCGACACGAAUCCUCGGAAACUUCCUCACCAAGAAAUUCAAUCAUCUCAACCUCUUCCUCUUCCAAGGGUUCCGCCUGGUUCCGUUUCUAGUUGAGCUUCGAGCGGUGAUGGACUGGGUUUGGACAGAUACCACACUGUCUCUCUCCAACUGGAUGUGUGUAGAAGACAUCUACGCUAAUAUCUUCAUCAUCAAGUGCAGCCGUGAAACAGAAAAGAAAUAUCCUCAACCAAAAGGUCAAAAGAAAAAGAAGAUAGUCAAGUAUGGGAUGGGCGGCAUAAUCAUUCUGUUCCUCAUUUGCAUCAUUUGGUUCCCACUACUCUUCAUCUCACUGGUUAAAUCAGUAGUGGGCGUGGUUAACCAUCCUGUUGAUGUCACCGUCACAGUCAAGCUCGGAGGUUAUGAGCCUUUAUUCACGAUGAGUGUUCAGCAGCAGUCCAUCAAGCCUUACACUGAGCAGGACUACAACCAUCUCAACAAUAAGUUUGGGAAAAAUGCUGUGGCCAUGCAGUUUAUCACCAUGUACAGCUAUGAAGACAUCGUCACAGCCAACAUCGAGGGCAGCUCGGGGUCAGUGUGGCAGAUCAGCCCGCCGAGCCGACAGGAGCUCAUAAAGGAACUGCUCGGCAGCACCGGUGACAUGACCCUCCGUCUGGACUGGAUCUUCCAAAGGGACCUUGGGAAGGGUGGGACAGUGGAACAUACUUUCGACAGGCACUCCAUCAGUCUGGCACGAGAGAAUCCAGUCAGAGCCGACCUGGCCUCGCUGCUGCUGGGCAACCGGAAGGAUCCUGUGCUUGUGCCGCACAUGUUUCCUAACUACAUCCGAGCACCUAAUGGAGCUGAAGCGAAACCCGUCAGCCAGCUGUAUGAAGGUGGUGAGGAUGGAUAUCAGAAUGUGACCCUGUCUCUGAUGAGGGAAGCCUCAGUGAACACCACUGGAGCUCAAGAGUGGUGGGACAUCAGUAUCGCCGACUGCCGCGACUCCUGCAACGUCUUACCCAUGGUCAUCUUUAACGACAAAGUUAGCCCUCCGAGUUUGGGCUUCCUAGCAGGAUAUGGGAUCAUGGGACUGUACGUGUCGGUGGUUCUGGUCAUCGGCAAGUUUGUGCGAGGCUUUUUCAGCGAGAUCUCUCACUCCAUCAUGUUCGAGGAGCUGCCGUGCGUGGACCGCAUCCUCAAACUGUGCAUGGACAUCUUCCUGGUGCGGGAAACCGGAGAACUGGAGCUGGAGGAAGAGCUGUACUCAAAACUCAUCUUCCUCUAUCGCUCUCCAGAGACCAUGAUCAAGUGGACUAGAGAGAAGAAUCAAGACUGAACGUGUUUUGUGGCGGAUGCGGCCUCGAGGCCAGCUGGAAGCGCUGGAGCUUUACUGCUUAAAGUUGGAUGAUUCAAUGAGUCUAUAGCCAUUUCUCCAAUGCUACGGAGCGGCCUUCUUUGCACUCAGAGGUUGGAUGACGGGGGUCAGGUGGAGCCUCCGUGUGCUAUUCUGCCUGAAUCGUGUUUCAUUUCGUCAGCAAAGCUUGAGAAUCAGCCUCUCUCAAUGUGACUGAUUCGGACGCUAGUGACCGCUGGGUACAAAACAGCAGGACCUUCAAAGUGGAAAUCCAAACACUAUAAGAGUGAAUCUCACUAAACUACGUCUGGGUCAUGUUUUACCACAGAAUAACAGGAAUUUUCCAUUUAAAAAGAGCCUGUUUUUUGGGCUAUUAAGGUUGUUCUAUAAUACAUCCAGAUUCUCAUGACUAUAAAACAUUAACAUAAUAGAUUUUUUCAAUUAAAAUCAGCAUAAAUUAGAGUCAAUUCAUAGUGAUAAAUCAUUGUAUAAAUGAAAUAUUUUUUGAUUGCUUAAUUAUCAUGAAAAACAAUGCAAAUCAACUUAACGAGCAUUCAAAUAAGCUUUAUUUUCAUUAUGCAAAAUAUCACAAAUAACAAUGUCAUCAGUGUUCAUGCACAUUUCCAUCAAUAUUUUUAUCCAUGACUUUUCUCUGAUUUCCGAAGCAAAUAUUAAUGCAAUCUAUGUAUACAGGAAUAAAAUCCAUGUUCAAAUUUAUCAUAGCAUGUUUUAAUUAAAAUUAAUGCUAUUUGAUUUAUUAAUAAAUACAAGCAUAAUGUCACAUGACUGAAUGGCUGGAUACAAUUUGUUUAACCAGUAUUAUAAACUACCAAAUAUUCGAUUAUACAGAUCUUUUCCAAAACUUUCUGGGUUUAUUAUGUCAAAAUUCCAUGACUGUUUAAUUUUGGGGUGAAAUAUGACCCAGACCUGCUGUUGAUGUCUUUUGUGAGAUUUUAACCGUUUUUGUUCUAAUACUACAGCAAAAGUGUUUACAAGCCAAAGUAUCUUAGGAUGAGAACCAUUUAGUAUUUCAUUCCUGGUUUUACAAUUUCUGAUCAAACACUUGAACCAUGUUUCCUCAUAAAAAGACCAGAAUCUUCUUGUUUUUAGGGUGGCGAGUGCCACACUUCCAUUCGUUAAGUGCUGGAAUGCUGUGAUUUAUCAGUUAAGGUCGUUAGGAUGAUGUUUCUACAUUCUGUAAUUGUCUUAAGCGCACACGUUGCGUAAUAAUGCGUGUGCCGAAGCUCAUCUGUAAUGGCUGGAAUAAUCAUUUCCACUGUAUGGUUACACAAAGGGACACGAACAAGUACUCUUUGCCUUCUUUUCCUCUUCAGAAAUCAAAUGAGCCUGUAAAAAUUCCUUGCUGAGUUUGUUUGCUAAAUUAAGAACUCAAUGUAACAUAAUUAAAUUACUGUACAAAAGACUGAAUGUA